CUCAACGCAAACAACAGCGCAGAACAUUGAAGCGCCACAAUUCACAUUUGACAGUAGCGUCUUUGUCUUCUCCAAGCUGCUUCAGAUUUAUAUGGGUGUGGCUCUCAUUUUCUCCGUUACUCCCAUUUCCCCAUUUUCUUCUCUUGCCGCCGACCUCUAGACGAAGUUUAACGCCGGUCCCAGCUUCAAAUAUGGAGAAGGCUUUGACUAAGGUGGGCAGCUUAAAGGUUGGGAGCUUGUGGAUUUCAAAGAAAGCCAAGGAGGAACUCGCUAACAUCACUGAUGAUCUCAAUACUUUCUCAAAUACUGUUGAAGAGAAGGCAAAGUGGAUUUUCAACAAGCUAAAAGGAAAGCCAUUGAAGAGCUUGCCGGAUUUACUUCGCGAGUACAACUUACCGCCCGGCCUCUUUCCUCAGAACAUGACCUGCUACGAAUUUGAUGAAUCAAAGUCCAAGCUGAUUGUAUACUUACCAUCCGCUUGUGAGAUUAGUUUCAAGGAUUCCUCUGUCGUCAGAUAUGCAACACGGGUAAAAGGAACUCUUCAGAGAGGAAAGCUUACAAACAUCGAAGGAAUGAAGACGAAGGUCCUAGUGUGGGUGAAAGUGACAAGCGUGUCAGUCGAGGGCUACAAAUCUGAUAAGGUCUGGUUCACAGCAGGAGUAAAGAAAUCAAGAUCAAAAGAUGCAUAUGAAAAGCCCCAUGACGCCAUUAGGGUAGGCGAAUUCUAAUAUUCAAACUAUGGCACAUUGUUAGAUGUCAUUAAGGAGGCAGGUAAAUGAAUCCUGUGUUUACAUAAGCUGCAUUCUUCCAUCUGCAUUGUCCAAAUAUAGAAAUCUGAAUGUGUUAUCCCCAUUAUAUAUAUUGUUUGGAUGAGUUUUGUAGAUUCUCUGUUUUCUUUUUCUAGUCCAAUGUUAAGUUCUCUCAUGGAGUUGUGACAGAACCAGAUGAACUAUAAAAUUUCAUACUUCCCAACUUUUUUA